CCUACUCAAACUCAAUUAAGGUUAAAUUCACCAAAAUCAUGCCUAACUAGCUAUGAAUCACGCAUAUUGCUUGCCGUGGUCAGUUUAUUCCAGUUUUCAUGGGUGCAGAGGCCUAAUGAAUCUUCAAUAUAUGGCCGAAGACCUUUCAUCUAUAAGAAGCUUGCUAGUUCCCAUCACACCUUAAAUAGCUUAUUGAUUAAUAACAAGCAAGGCAUGGAAAGUAAACAGUUUGCAAUAUUCUUCCUUCUGAUAUUUGCUGGUUUAGUAUUGCUCGUGUUCAAUCAGAGCUCGAACGGAUCCAAUCCAUUCUUUCUUGCCCGCCAAAUAUGUCAAACCUCUAAACAGGUCAAUGACACGAGCAGGAGCGAUGCUCUUGAAUCAGCUUUGUCUGAGGCUUCCAUGGAAAACAAGACUCUGAUCAUUGCGAUUAUAAACAAAGCCUACGUAGAAGGAGAUAAGCCCAUGCUUGACUUGUUUUUAGAUGGUUUUUGGCUUGGAGAAGACACAAGGAACUUGAUUAAUCACCUACUUCUUGUGGCGGCCGAUCAAACAUCCUUUGAACGCUGCAAGUUUCUCCAUCUUCACUGCUACAAGCUUGAGACUGCCGGAGUCGAUUUUGAUGCUGAGGAAGUGUACAUGUCUCAAGAUUUUAUCAAGAUGAUGUGGAGGAGAACUCUCUUUCUCGGAGAGACACUCAAGAAAGGCUAUAGUUUCAUAUUCACGGAUGCGGAUGUAAUGUGGCUACGGAAUCCAUUUCCAAGGCUCAAGUACAACCAAAGCAUAGAUAGCUUAGAUCUCCAGAUCAGUACUGAUAAAUUCAACGGCGAUCAGUGGUCUGAAGCCAACCCCAUCAACUCAGGCUUCUACAUUGUGCGGUCCAACAACAGAACAAUCUCAUUAUUCGACAAGUGGUACGCCAGGAAAAACGACUCCGCCGGAUUGAAAGAGCAGGAUGUUCUAAACAACAUGAUCCGGGAAGGUGUUUUCAAGGAGUUAGGCCUCAGAGUGAGGUUUUUGGACACCCUUUAUUUCAGUGGCUUUUGUGAAGUCAGCAGGGACUUCAAAGCUGUCACAACCGUUCAUGCUAACUGUUGCCGCACAAUAAGCGCCAAGGUGGUGGAUCUGACGGCUGUGAUUCACGACUGGAAGAGGUUCAAGAGCUUAACUAACUCAAAUCAGACGUCGAUUUUGCAAUGGACUAACCAUGUAGCCUGCCAUAACUCCUGGAAACGUCACCGUUAACCUAAUAUGUAUGUAUUGCGUUUUCUGAGGAAAAACUGUGUAUAAUUACCAAUUUAAUCCACCGACGUGUUUGGUUAAUUUGCAAGAUUCACGUUUUUUUUUUUAAAUUCGCAGUCUGU